CCGUGAGUUCCCUGGCCCCACCCAUUUCCUGCUGUCAAUUUUGGUCCCGCCUGUCCCCGCGCUGAGCCAGUUCCGCUUCCGACGGCUUUGGCGUUAUAGCGCUCAGGGUCGCCAUGGGCAAGUCGGAUUUUCUGAGCCCCAAGGCCAUCGCCAAUAGAAUUAAGUCCAAAGGGCUCCAGAAGCUUCGCUGGUACUGCCAGAUGUGCCAAAAGCAAUGCCGCGACGAGAAUGGCUUUAAGUGUCACUGUAUGUCUGAAUCGCAUCAAAGACAACUGUUGCUGGCCUCAGAAAACCCUCAGCAGUUUAUGGAUUAUUUUUCAGAGGAAUUCCGAAAUGACUUUCUGGAACUUCUGAGGCGACGCUUUGGCACUAAAAGGGUCCACAACAACAUUGUCUACAAUGAAUACAUCAGCCACCGAGAGCACAUCCACAUGAACGCUACUCAGUGGGAGACGCUGACCGACUUUACCAAGUGGCUGGGCAGAGAGGGCUUGUGUAAAGUGGAUGAAACACCAAAAGGCUGGUACAUUCAGUACAUAGACAGAGACCCAGAAACCAUCCGCCGGCAACUGGAAUUAGAAAAAAAGAAGAAGCAAGAUCUGGACGAUGAAGAAAAAACUGCCAAAUUCAUUGAGGAGCAGGUGAGAAGAGGCCUGGAAGGGAAAGAGCAGGAGACACCUGUUUUUACAGAAUUAAGCCGAGAAAAUGAGGAAGAAAAAGUUACAUUCAAUCUGAAUAAAGGCGCGGGUGGCUCAGCGGGAGCUACAACAUCCAAGUCAAGCUCUUUGGGACCAAGUGCACUGAAGCUGCUGGGGAGUGCAGCAUCUGGGAAACGGAAAGAGUCUUCACAGAGCUCCGCCCAGCCGGCAAAGAAGAAGAAGAAGUCUGCCCUGGAUGAGAUCAUGGAGAUUGAAGAGGAAAAGAAAAGGACCGCACGGACAGACUCCUGGUUACAGCCGGGGAUCAUUGUGAAGAUUAUAACCAAGAAGCUUGGGGAGAAAUACCACAAGAAGAAAGGGGUGGUUACGGAAGUGAUUGACAGGUACACAGCUGUGGUGAAGAUGACUGACUCUGGAGACAGGCUGAAACUGGACCAGACGCAUUUAGAGACAGUCAUUCCGGCCCCAGGGAAAAGGGUUCUAGUUUUAAAUGGAGGCUACAGAGGAAAUGAAGGCACUCUCGAAUCCAUCAAUGAGAAGGCUUUUUCGGCCACGAUAGUCAUUGAAACUGGACCUUUGAAAGGACGCAGAGUUGAAGGUAUUCAAUAUGAAGACAUAUCUAAACUUGCUUGAGUUUGAAAAUUUGUUAACAACACAUUGAAACUUUGAAGCAUCAAAUUGAUGUUAGCCAAGGCACUGUGUAACUCUACUGUGUUAGGGGAUUUGUUUUGUAUAAAAAAAAAUCAUCUAUUUAAAUACUAGUGAAUAGUUGGGUAAAUUUAUAAUAAAAUCUUAUGUUUUUUUAAGUGUCAAAA